AUGGAGCCCUUGAACCGCCAAUCCGAGCUCUGGAUUCUCGUUGAAGAUCCUAUUUUGUGUCCACGAAGCAGCGCUACUCGUUUCCAAGACGAAACUUGUCCGUACACCAUGGCUAGUGCGGCAUGCUGCAAGUUGGCUCCCGUCACCGCGGACUACACACCCCUUGGGAAAUAUGAAGUUAUUGCUGGCGUAAACACCUACAUCACAGGACCUGAGGACGCUACUAAGGGAAUUGUCGAUGUCUACGACAUCUUCGGUAUCUGGCCUCAGACCAUCCAGGGUGCUGAUCGUCUGUCCGCCCAGAGCGGUGCUCUGGUUCUGGUUCCCGACUUCUUCGAGGGCAGCGGCCUCAGCAUGAAUGUGAUUCCCAACGAUACCGAGGAGAAAACGAAGAAAUUGCACGAAUUUCUCGCCACCAAGGCCAACCCCGAGGCCAACGUAGCCAAGAUUUUGGCUAUCCGCAAGGAGCUGUCUGAGAAGUACCCUGCCAUUGAGGGCCACUGGGGACUUUUCGGCCUGUGCUGGGGUGGCAAGCUGACUGUUCUGGCUUGCGGAGCGGGCAACGAGGGCGUUGGCCGACGAUUCGAAGCCAGCGGAACUGCUCAUCCUGGUAUGCUUGAUGAGGCUGAUGCCAAGGCCCAGACGGCUCCUCACAUCUUGCUUGCUUCCAAGGACGAGCCCGCCGACAAGGUUGCCUUGUACAAGGAAAUCAUGGGCGACAAGGCCGAGGUUACCACCUAUGAGACUAUGCACCACGGCUGGAUGGGCGCCAGAUCUGACCUGAAGAACGAGGAAAACGUCAAGGAGUAUGAGCGCGGCUACAAGCAGGCCGCCGAUUUCUUUGCCAAGCACCUGUAA